CGUCAACCGCGGUGAUCUCCUAGUGCGUUUUUCUCAUCCCCGACGAAAGGAGGAAGUCGAUCCGUCCACACCGUCGGUGGAAAGAGAGAGAUCGCAGGAGCGCGAAACAAGACGAGAGCAAGCGCGACCACUGUCCGUUUUUCGAACAUCGCGGUACGCGUCCCUUCCACCCUUGCUUCUUCUCGCGCUCCCUCUUCCCCAACCCGCCCCCUCUCGUAAUUGCGCCGCUCGUUCCUUUCGUUCCACAUAUCGUACGUGCAUACGUGCGUACGUGCGUGCGGAGAUCCAACGAAGCAUGUGGCCGCGUCCGUACUCCGUAGUCGGUUGCCCGAGUGUGUGACAGUGUGCGACAAUGUGCGACGCGGGACGCUCCGCUGAAUGAAUGACAUAACUUAUACAUAAAUGAAUAUCGUUUAUCGCGCGCUGCUGCGUGCUUCGAUUCGGAAUCGUCGACGAGACGGUGCGUGCGGAGAUCGGCCGGAUCUCGAGUAGCGUCCCGCGUUCGCACUCGUCGUCUUCGGAGAGUGCGUUAAACGCGAGAAACGUUGAACGCAGAGAGCCGGCGGAGCUCGUACGCGGUGUGCGCGCGCGGCGUGCACGACGGCGGAACGGAACGGAGCGGGAGCGGGAGCGGGAGCGGGAGCUAAGCGGAGCAGAGCGGAGCGGAGCGGCGUGGCCGUGGCGUGUGGCGUCCGUCGCGCGUCGCUCUCACGGCGGGCACGUGCGUUCACGAGCAUUCUCAGCACUCACGACGAGUGACAAUGGCCGCGGAUCGCCUGGUGAUCGCGGACGGCGACUACCUCGGCGAGUACUCGCGCUUCUUCGCCGAGUUCGUCGCCAAGGUGAACCCGGACGAUCAGCUGCCGGUGAAGGUGAGCGUCUACGACGUCAACGAGAGCGAGCUCGUCGGGGAGAUCAUCGGCGUCACUCUACAGUACCUCAAUCGGAUAUACUGUCCACCAAGCCUACAGUCUUACAUCGCACGUCUCGUAAUACAAGCGAUCAAAUCAACAUGCAAGAAACAGCCAGAAAUCUGCGGACUCAGGCAGCAAGAAAAGACGUACGCGCCUUUGAAGCUCAUGCAAGCCGUUACGAACGAGGUGAACGAAAUCUGCAGGCGGUAUUUAGAUAACAGUAGGCUAGCUCUUCUUCCACCUCCCUCGUCGACGCCACAAGUGACAGUGGGUGCUACUAGAAAUGCCAGGAGAAAAAUGGAAGACCGCCAUAUGAUUCUGCACGACUUAAACACCAUGUUUAAUAUUCAGGAUGACACUAUUGUGGAUUACUACGCUGUAUUCGAUGGCCACGGUGGACAGGAUGCCGCGGCGUAUUGCGCGACACAUUUGCAUCAGUAUUUGGUUGAGAGCGUGCACUAUCCUACAGAUCCGGAACGUGCGUUGCGCGAUGCCUUCCUGACUACUGACGCACAAUUCUUAGCAAAAUCAAGUACACAGAAAUUAAACGGUGGAACAACCGCAAUUUGUGCGUUGCUAAUAAAUAAGAAAUUAUACAUUGCUUGGGUUGGCGACUCCAUGGCUUCGCUAGUUACAUACGGCAACGUGAAGCAAUUGGUAAACCCUCAUCGACCCACGAGAGAAGACGAGAGCGAACGGAUUCGCAAUAUGGGAGGAGUCGUCGUCCAUUGUAUGGGUGUCUUGCGAGUAAAUGGAUUUCUCAGUAUAUCCCGAGCUAUUGGCGAUGUCCCGUAUAAACCGUACAUCAGCGGCGAGCCUGAGGUCCGAUGCGUACCUCUGGACGGUACCGAGGAUUUCCUCAUAAUCGCCUGCGACGGAUUGUGGGACUACGUUGAUCAGAGAACCGCGGCGCUUCGCGUCUACCGGCAGGUGCAACAGAAUCCCUACGAUCUGAAGCACGUGCAUCAGGCUCUGCUACAGAGCGCUAAGCGCGCGGGUUCCUUGGACAAUAUCACUGUAAUCGUGGUGUUCCUGACACCGCCGAUCGAGAUCGCCUCGCGCUCAAAGCCACUCCACGCGCAUCAAGCACCGAAUGGUCUAUUACUGAACAACAUGGAUCCAAAUAAUCCGAUUCCGUCGAAUCACGAUCAAUUCGAGGUAAAGCCGGCCUAUAUCAAGCAACUGAUUGAUGACGAUGUUGAACGUCCCGAGUUCGACAUGGACUUUCUUCACAACAAAAACCCGUUUGUGUGCGGGAGGAUGGCCAGCAAUGGCAAGCGUCGCGAUGACAACGAUGACGAGUACGAUUACACGGAUAUAGGUCCAGAAACCGACGUCGACGCCGGCGAGGACGUGAACAACAAAUAUCCGACUCUCGCCGCAUCGUCGUCGCUCGAUCCCUCCCCCGAGAGUGAGAAGUCGCCCGAGAUGCAGGACAUCGAGAAGCAUAACGACGACAACAGGAACGACAACGAUUAUUCUAACCGCGACAACGCGAACGUCUGCCCGGUGGACUCUACGAUAAACGAUGGCGACGUAGACAAUCGUGUCCGACCGAGUGACAGAGACGUUCGCGCCGCGGACGAUGAAACGCUGCGCGACGACGACGACGCGCGUAUCGAGACUGCUGCCACGCAUACCGUCGUGGACGAUGAGUCGCCACCCUCGCCGCGAGCUGCUAAACCUCUUCAGGAUGUACUGAUCGUAGCGGAGAAUGUAGCGGACAGCGAGGAUUCCGAGGACGAGUGGAAUUAUUAUCGCGUCGAACCGAACCAGCAGGAAUCUGCAGCGGUAGCUGUUACGGUAGAAGAAUCCCACAGAAACAUCGAGGAACAAAAGGAACAGGAUUUCGAGUCUGUCGUGAAGGAUAGCCCGGAAGUUCAAUCACUGGAGUCAAACAGCGAUAUUAAAUGCGAAAUAUUAGCGAGAGAUAUCUCGACGCCUGAGCUUAUCGACAUUGAUAUAAGCGAGGAAAGAAAGUUGAGCGAAUCGAAGAAGAAUAACCAGCUUCUCCUAGAUCUACAGGAAGACAACAAAGACCUGGACAUGGAUUUCCAAUUGAAUCCAGAGGCAGCAGAGUUUGUGCCGUUAUCGCCACCGUUGGCCAAAAAUUAUUUGCGAGAUUUCGCCAUUAGUGGGUCUCCCUUGAAACAAACGCAACCGAUGGAUGAUAUUCCUAUACCGAGUCAAAGCGAAUUUGACAAGGAAGUAUGUUAUCGACCAAAGGAGAUAGGUGAAGAUUUCUCUGACGGACAUGCAGAUCUGCAGAAUAAUAGUUCGCAGAAUAUGGACGUAUCCGACAUUUCGUCGACCAAAGCCGAAGUGGGUGAUGACGAAUCCAUGCAUGUCAUGUCUACCUCUCAGUGGCAAGCAGAUAUCUCUUCUCAAUGGAACGAAAAAACAUGUGAUGAUGCGGGAUCCGAUUUGGACGAGAACGAUAUUGUCACUAAGGAUGAUCCCAUGGCUAUGUCGCUCACUCCAGGUAGCUUGAAGGCGGCGUUUGAAAAAGAUGUCGAUUUGAAUGCAGUACAUAUGUUAGACGAUAGUUCAGAUGGUGCUGACCAAGUGAGCACACCGCCGCGUUCACCUAAGCCGUGUAAUGAGGAUCGCCCGAGCACACCACCUCUCUCUGAAAACAUGAGUGCGAUUGGGGACUUUAUCACAGCACAGCAUCUCACCACAGAUGACUCUGUACUUACUACGAAUUCUGAAAGCAUCGAAACAACCUCUUCUCUUUCAGCGACAAUGCACAAUGAUGAAGACUCGUCUAUUGAUAGGUACCAGUUGCAGUCAGUGCCCAACUCAAUACUCAAUAAUUCCGCAGCUAAAAAACUAUUUGAUGGCAGUGAGGAAGAUAUAGAUUAUGAAAAACAACUCCAAUCUGUAGAAGAAAAUGAAAGAUUUGUACAAGAGGAUUCUAACAUAGAAAAAGAGAACGAAAACUCAAAUAAAAACGAAGAAAAUGAUGAUGAAAAAGAAAGUAUGGAAUCCGAAGAGUCGAAAAAUCUUCCAGAUUCUACGAAUUAUUCAAAUUUUAAUGACACGAUAUCUGUUUUAGAAGAACAACAAUCAUUAUUGGAAACAGAAAAGCAAUGCCGACCAGAAACGCCGUCAGAUGCGGAACACAUUGAUUAUGGCGAUAGUUUUAAUGCUAAAAUGAUUCCUGACGACGUUGCUGAUUCAUUCAAAUUUACAAUGGAAAGCCCUCAGUUGAUGAACCUGAAAACAGAAGAUAUCUCACAACAAUCGUUAUUAUCGCAAGAAAUCCAACCAGAAACGACGUCAGUUGUGGAACAGACGCAUUUUGACGCUUUUGAGCCUGAAGUUAUCCCUGACAAUAUUGUUGAUCCAUUGGAAAGCACUCGAUUGACGGACCCACCUACUGACUGGACGGAUUUCUGUAAAACAGGAUCGAUGCAAUCUCAAAACCUCACUGCCACUUUCGAACGUAAUAUUGAAUUCGAAGAUGGUGAAGAAGGUAAACAACAAAAAGAAGCUGAAAAGUACAAUAAAAUCGAAGAUGACAGCAAUGAAAAUGACAUCAAACCAGAUAGUACAACCGAAUUAAACCUAUCUGAUUCGCAAAAAUCUAACUUUGUGGAGAAUGAACUGCAACAUAAAGAUCAAGUGUUUUUGGAAUAUAUGCCGGAAACCGUAAAACUGAUCGACAACUCAUUUGAACAAGAGGAAGCAGAGAAAAAAGCUACCGAUGUUACACCAAUUAACGUUGAAGUAUUCGAGGAAGAAGUCACUUCUGAAAGUACUCUUCCGAAACAGGAGGAGGAGCCACAAAAAACUGCAGAAACAAAUGAUACCGCAACGAUAGAUAAAUCGAAAGAACUUUCAGGAGUCACAGAAGCAUCAGUGGGAGCCGCUAUCGUUGCAACGGCCACCGCUAUGGCGAUCAAGACAAAGACGACGAACGCGAAACGUCCAACGAAAACUACGACGACGAAAGCAUCAACGGCGUCGACAACGAAAACGGCAGCGAAAUCCAUCACGCCAACUUCGCCCUCUAAAGCAAUCAGUGCUACCAUGCGAUCAACUACGACAACAUCACCAGCACAAUUAACUGCGAAGAAAUCUGUUACGAAUACCGUGACUCGUAAGCAAUUGGACGGAUCGACCAAAGCGGCAGUCUCGAGUGCCAGCAGUAAAACCACGAAGACAACAACUACCAAGGUCGCGACAACAGCAACGAGAACCAGCUCCUCCCCACGUUUAAGCUCUACUACGAGACCAAAAACUACCACCAAUACUACCACAUCGAAGGUGAGCAACGGAACAUUGAUUGAGAAGAAAUCGUUAAUGAGCGCUGACACAAAAUCCAUCAAUAAACCCACUCAGGUGAAAUCAGCAAGCUCCACUCUCAGAACAACGACCACUAGCACAAACGCAAAGACUACCCAGGUUAAAACGUCGUCAACAACUACGAAAACGUCAGUAUCCAACGUAACGUUAAAAUCAAGACCGGCGUCUGCGACUUUAGCUACCAAAACCACAACGACAUCGAAACAGUCGACAACCGUUACUAAUUCGUCGAGACCCAAAACCGCACCGACUUCUGGUGGCAUAUCUAAACCGCGUGAAGGUACCGGUAAAAUUACUGCCAUUACCGGCAAGUCGCCGUUGAUUGAUAAACAGAGCAAAGAAACUGUCAAUAAACAAAUCUCCCGUUCUGGAGCAUUAGCACCCAAGACUAGUGCUCGCACUUCCACGCCCAACGCUACCGGUGCUACAAAGGCACGUACACCGACUGCAAGAUCGAUCGGAAAUGCUUCCACGACUUCGCCAACGAAGAAACCUGCGACUUUGACAUCGAAGACCGCGUCGAGAACUUCAUCCACUGCGACAAAACGAAUAUCUUCGAGCGAAACCAAGGUAUUGCAAAAUGGAAUUCCCAAGGAGGACGUGACCAAAGCUCCCGUCAUAACAGCAACGAGCAAGCCAGAAGACGACGUACCACGGAAAGAUACGUCGCCGGUGAACGUGCCGACCGAUAAUCAGCUAAUCGCCGAUUGAACGGUCGAUCGAUAAGCUGCGAACUGUUCGCUGCUUUGCGAUAGCACACGUCGGCCUAGGAAUUACACGUCGUUGCGGGUUUACGUGAAUCGACACACAGGUUUCUCCUUCUUAUUAUUGUUUAAUGGACAGAGUACGACCGCGCGUCGAAAUCAUCUGGAGUAGUGUUUAGGGAGUUAUACAUGUAUGUCAAACUGAAAAAUUUUUUAUUGUUCUUACGUGAAUGCAUACAUAAGUGAAAGAGAUAUUCAUCAAUCAAGGAGAGCAAAGCAUACCCUAAACAUUGCUUUCGACAACUGCUGCCUUAUCGUAAUAAGGAUCGAUAGUAUUGUUAUGUAAAUAUAAUUCGGAUGCGUUCUCAUGCGUCAUUAUUUUCAACUGAUUCGCGAGCCUCUCUGAGAUUGCUUUCUGAGAGAGAGAGAACUCAGAUAGUGCUCGUGACGACCUGAAAAUAGACUUUUAACUCCGAUAUGGCAGUACGUCAACCUUUAACUUUUAACGAAACUUGAUGAAAUAUAUGGAUUUUUUACAAUUUUUUAAUUUUAUAUGCGCAUUAUAAUUGAUAACGAUUACUCGCGACACAAUUUACUCGAUCAACAAAAAGGAAAAGAGAAGGAGAGAAAAGCGUAUAUUUAUUCUUGUUUGUUCCUAUUUUUGAAGUUGAAUUCAUUGCGAGAUAUAUAUUGACUCGUAAUCAUGAUAAUAUAAUGCUAUCUAAUCUAUGUGUACAGCACCCUUAAUGGUUUAAUGUGAUACCUUACAGUACUAUUAAAUAAAUUCGAAUGAGACAUACAAGAGAGGCCAGAAGAAGUUUAUAUGUGUAUAUGAACCGAGAAAGAGGGAAAAGAUGCGGAAUCCAAAGAUUUAGUGAGAAAGAGAAAAUUUAAAGAGAAUUAGAGAAGUAUAUUGUUUUUUUUGCAGAUAUAUUUCUAUUGUUCUUUAUUUUAUAUUUUCUCUUAUAGGGACUUUACACGGUUAAUAAUGCUGUCAGUACCAACAAAUAAUGUUAUUGAUCAUGUGAGGUUAAUAUUGAUGUAAGUAGAAUAAAAUCAAAUUCCUUAAUUCUCAAGCAUUAGAAUCGUUAUAUGAUAGAGAUGUAAGCAAUAAAACUAAUUGUGUGAAAAGGGCGCAUCAAUAUUUUCGUUAUAUAUAAUUCCAAAAUCAUAGGUAACAUAAGCUGCGUUCGAAAACGUCACUCGAAUGCUUACACGUAUCAUAUUAUCCUUGUUCACUGAAUAUUAAACGAGGAUAAAAUGUUACAUGGGGACACUUGGAUGAUGUUUCCAAAUGUAGCCAUAAUCGCAGAAGUAAUCUUAAGUUGUAAAAGUAUUGAUGCAUAUUGUCAAUAUUACUGAUCAGUAUUAGUAUUAUUGAUAGUGUAAGGUUCCUAUUACCGAACGUUUGGAUCCUGCUUGUCGCGCUUCCCGGCGCAAUCGUCGUCAAUGAUCGUCGCGUGCGUGUGCGUUUAAAGCUUUUUAUACACCGCACAAGUAUCAAUUCUUUUCUCUUGCGUUUCGAUGCUUUAUUUUUUAAGAGCAUGCGCUCGGACCGACGACGUUUCAAAACUUCGGUCGAAAACUGUUUCCUUUUUUAUAUCGCUUGACCUCCAAUCGUGGAAUAUAGUUUUAUUUUAUCUGAUUUUAUGGGAACCAAUACCUGCGAUGGUCUCUAAAUGCGCUAAAGCUGAGCGUACCCGCCAGCACUGCGAGAUCAAGGAUUAGAGAUCGGCGAUUUUUUUUUUUUUUUUUAAGAUGAAUACGUCUAAUGCGAGAGUAUACGCGAUGAGAUUCCCUUCUGCAUAGGGACUACGCCGAUCUGUACACACGCACAAUAUUCGAUAUGAUAUGCAUUACGGCUAAUAAAUACGGCUUCGUAUCAAGGACAGAACAUAGCUUAGCGUUUCACAUGCGCGUUUCGUAUGAAUGUUAUUCCGAUUUUCUUGUGUACGCGUAUUUGUCACCAUUUUAUUCUUUUUUUCUCAGAAUUCAUAAUUAAAUAAAUAAAUAUUACGUUUGAA